CCAUCAGUCCAGCAUCACUGCAUCUGCCAGAGAGGGUCUCCACCACCUCAGCAGAAGAUCCCCACAGAGGAAGACAUUUAUCCAUCAGAGGACAAGAACAUCUCACCGCACUGCUGAUUGAACCAGAGUGCCUUGAACGUUUCCUCCACCUCCUCUCCUGCUGUAUAUAAGGAGGUGAUCCAUCAGUCCAGUCUCAACACAGACUUCUCCACCACCUCAGCAGAAGAACCCAUCCACAAGAUCAUCCACAGAGGGAGAGACACUCAUCCACCAGAGGAGAAGAACGACAUCUUUAUAGUCUGAUCUCUUCCAGUGAAGCUCUCACGACUGUCAGCAGAUAUUUCAGUCAAACCACCAAAGCACAAAAUGGCUCAAGCUAUCACUGAACUUCAAGUCUCUACCAAUAGGGAUGAAGAAGACAAGUUUAAAAAAGAUUUCACCAAAGUUGAUGGUAACCUCAACAGUGGUACAUCAGGGCCUGAGGUGUUCCUGUGGUACAAAAAAGAGGGCAACAAACCUGUCACCAGAAUCCAGUUCUCCUUCAGGACGGAGAUGGAUCAUGCUCUGGAUGCCUCUGGUUUCAAAAAGAUCCAAAAAAACAUAAAUAUAGGUACUAAUGGUGAUGCCAUAUUCCUGUGGUAUAUGAGUGGCACCACCUCAUCUGACAUCCCCAUUGUGGACCUGAAGGUGACCACAAUAGUGCAGGAUGAGUCGAGGCUGUUCCGCUCUGGCUGGGAGCGCCUGGGCUGUGAUCUGAACCGCAGCAACCGUGGAGAUCCAGUUAAUCUCUGGGUGAAGAGGAACACAACAAGCUACAUCCAUGACAUCUCAGCCUCUCUGAGUUUCGCUGAAGAUAAAAGCCUCUUUGACCAGGGAUACAUCUGUGUGGAUGAAGACACCAACCGUGACGUGAAGCCUCCAGGUUCUGCAGUGUUUCUCUGGUACCGCCAUUCUACAUUUCCAGACAAUUGCAUCACUGACAUCGAAGUUUCUCUCAAUAAAGAUCAGGAGAAUAAGCUGGAGAAGAACGGCUACAUAAAAGUUAAUGAAAACCUCAAUGCUGGCACCAAUGGAGACCCUGUAUAUCUAUGGUACAAGCACAGCGAAGAUCCUGCCAUCCAGUUCCUCAAUGUGUUAGUCGGUGAUGAAGCUCUGCAGGUUUAUAAAAGUGCUAAAAUCUGCAAGGUUGUGGAGAAAAACCUGAAUAAUGGUAAUGGUGGAGUUCAUCUUUAUGUUACCUAUAAGUGAGAGCCUGAGUCUCAGGAUCUGUCUCACCCUCAGUAAUCAAGUCUUCUUUCUUUGCUUUAUAUGCUCUCACUGUAGCACUUAAUGAGAUAUCCUGAAAGGCUGAUCAGUGUCUGUACUGACUGUCCAGCCUUUACUAAAGAUCUAAUUUGAGAGAAUCUUGUAUUGAAUUGUAAAAAUCAGUAUCAUACAGAGAUUUAUUAAAGCAAAAGCCAUGCUUAAAGAUUGUAUCUGUUUUAAUGGAUAACCUAACGAUUGUGUAAUCAGCUGAGUUCAUCUCAUCCCCUGCAUUUCUUUUCUUUCUCUGAUUAAAGCAUCAUA